AUGGAGCUCGCGUUUGCACUAGUGGUGCUGUCAUGUGACUACAUCAAUGGCAAUGUCGUAGGAAGGAACUGGAGUGACCACACUGAAGCCUCGAAAAAUAAUGCGACGGCGACUUCGGGAUACUUCGCAGCUGUCACCCCUUUGCUAAGGAGGAUGAGUGAUGAAAGUGCAGCUUUUCCUAGGCCUACUGAGCAUGAACUGCAACCUAUGCCAAAGAACGUUAACGAGGAACACUUGGAUCGCGCUCGUAGAGACUUGACGUCUAGACUCCUUUGGAACGAUAUGGAUCAAGAAGAUGACCAUGAAGAAUUGUAUGAUUCUGAAGAGGUGGUGAUGGCUAUAAAUAUUUCAGAAUAUUCCAAUGACGAUAGUGAUGGUUACACGCGCAAAGAAAACAAAAAGAACAACGAUUUCUCUGGCAACUUGGAAUCCCAGCAUGAACGAGUGCGUGCAUAUGGUUUUCUAAAUAAAAAUGGAGACGAUGUUACCAAUGAGGAAGAAGAAGCAGUCUAUAACAGACCACCUGAGGAAAGAUUCGAUGACUUCCGCGAUGAUUUCCGCAAAGACCAAACUAUCCAUAUUCACUUCACCGCCAUGUCUCCCAAAUCGAGAGCUAUCUUUGGUAGGAUGCUUUCGCUUCUCAGUGAUGAGGUGGGAAAAUCUCCAAGCGAAGGAUCCGAUCUCAGCUUUGGUAAGGCUUACUACGGUAAAUAUAAAUAUCCAUGUACCAAAAAACAUAUGCGGCUUGCGGUUGAGGCGGAGAAAUGGGGAUGUCGUGGUGCCCCGGAUUUUUACGAAGAAAUAUGCAAGGAAUAUGAUAAGUGUACCGCUAGGAGGGCUAGACGAAGAUGCAAGGCAAGGUAAGU